AUGACCAAAGUGGGUGUCCUCGAAUUAGGCGAUAAAAGGAAGAGAAAAAUCCCAAAGUUGCAGUCAGACGCUGAGGACCUUUUACAAUACGUGGAGAUGGUCCAGGAAAAAAAAUUUUUUCCUAAGCUGCCAGCUUGUGUUGCUGCUAACUUCAAUUUUUCGUCAGAUUCACCAGACAAUGAUGCUACCAACCAGAAAGUUGUCAAAAACGAUAACCUGAAAGAAAUUUAUUCUUUAAUAUACAGUUUAAACAAACAUAUUAAAAAUUUGCUAGUAGAGUUGACUAAAACAAAAAAAAACAACGUUAAUUUAUUAAAAAUAAAAUCUGUAAUUCGAGUGCUAAAAUCAUUACUUGAUAUUCCAAGCGUAGACAAUGUUGCACAAGAUGAUUGGAAGAAUAUUUCAUACAAAAGGAGAAAAGAAGAUGGACUAGUGAACAGGGUUGAAAACUCACCUCCUUUGUAUUCUGUCAUAACUGCUCAAAAACCAGAUUUUAAUGUAGGCACCGUAGAAAAUGAUGAAAUAUUACCUGCAAAGCCAGAUUUUAAGAAAAAGGAGACAGCUUUUUCUUAA